UUGUCCAUAUUUUGCAAAUCCAAAAUCUCACAUGCACUAAAGUACUAUGGCAUUUCAUUAGAUACUAGCUGACGUACCCGUCAUUGACAGGAAAAGAGUUUGUAGAAAGAGUUAAAAGGUUAAAGCUAAAAAUAAGCUGAUCAGCUCAUUAAUGUAAUGUAAUCAGCGGUAUUAUUAUUAUUUCAGAUUGAAGCCCACGUACAGUACAUGUCUGCCUUUCUUUUUUUGUUAAUGCAAAAAAAUAAAAUUUUAUAAGGUUGAGUAUCUGAGUUUUGGAGAGAUAAUCACAGAUGAGAAAUCGAAAACGCAGACCGGAUAAAGAUGAAGUUUUGUCUUAAAACGACUUGUGCGCUAAGAUUCACUCACACCACUUCAGCGCUGUUAUUUCAGCUGUAAAGAAUGCUGUAAUAUCUAUUGCUGCAGGUUUUUGUUUAUAUUGAGCAAGUGAGUUAUUUUAAAGUAGAUUAUUAAAUCCGGCACAUAAUUUGUUCAUAACAUUGCUUUUACUCAACACUUAUGGUGCAGGUGGUUUUCAGCCAGAUAAAUAAAGUAAAUACUACAAAGGUUCCAUUUCUUGAUGCUUUCUUGAUACAGACAUACUGUACAGACAGGUAGACGGACAGACAGGAUUUUUUUUCUCAUACUGGGUUCAGGUCCUCCAAUAUACAGUACAGUACGAAAUGUAAAGAUAUUCUUGAAAGAGCGAGUUUUGACCAGAUAAUACCUCUCUUUAAUUUAUAUGGAUUGCUCAGUGUAUUCUAGGUCAUUGAGGUUUUUAUAGCCCUUAAAAUAUCAGCAGGAGGGAACAGUGUUAAUACAUAUGAAGUAGAUUUAAGGUUACAAGGUGACCUAUAAUGAAUUUAUUAUGCAGUACAGUCGGCUCUGUAUUGUAGGAGUGACUGAUCCAUGGGGAAUAACUGGUGGUCUAUUAAGUGCUGUCCUUAAUGCAGGCUCUCGGGGGUGAUGAGCUCGGCUAAUUGCACCACUAAUCAUUAUAAUAAUAAUAAUAAGCAGCCUCGGUCUUGGAUACUUACUGGUAAGUGAGAGUCUCCCGAAUUCAUGUGCUCUCACUGAGCAUCAGACAUUUUAGGAAUUCUAAAUCGCAUCCGUGCAUCACAUGUUCACCUGAAUUCAGCGCGAGAGCGCCGCGGCUACUUGUUAGAAUUAAACUCAUGUGGGACGCGGCGCAGCGCAUUUUGAUCAUCACGGCGGGUCUGACGUAUUGCUCGGCGCGCUGUGGACCGGACCGGACCGCACGCUCGGUGCUCCGCUCGAACCAAAAACGCUAAUCUGAUGAGGAUGAUGAGGAUGAUGCAUUGAACGGGACAGCCGGCGACGUCAGCGAUCGAUUCUCUGUAGCACGUUUAUGAUGUGAGACGGACGGGUGCACUUUGCAGACACAGCUCGGAGAAGCGACAAUCCCACAGCGACGAUUCGGUGACGGGAUUAAACGCGUUGAUGCUCGCAUCGCCGUGAUCUCUCCGUGAGGACCCGAAAUAUGCGCCGGUUCGCGCUGGACGUGGGAGCGUUCGUGGCUGCGUGCGUGUGCGUGUGCGCGUGCGAUGCGUCGCGCGGCUGCGGGGAAAUCCAGUGCGGCGCGCGAGCCAACGGCAGCGCCACGUCGUGCUGCGAUCUGCCGCUGCGCACCUUCGCCGAGCACGCGAGCUGGCUCGCGCGGAAGCUCUCCGGGCUGCUCAUCCUGCUCGCGCUCUUCGCCGUGGGCUACUUCGUGCAGCGGCUCGUGUGCCCGCGUCACCGACGCCGCGGCGGCGGCCGCGCGCCGCCGGAGCCCGAGUCGUCGCUGCUGGGGGCGCGCGCCACCGCGUCGCAGGACACGCUGCUCGAGCGCUUCGAGGACGGCGGCGGAGGAGGAGGACUGGACGGAGUGGACGGCUUCGCGUCUCCCGUGAUGCAGCCGCCGGCCUACGAAGAGGUCAAAGACCUGCCUACGUACGAGGAGAGUGUGCGCGCGGCCGCGGGAACCGUCAGGCCGGUGGGAGCGGGAACGGGAGCGGGGCGCGAGAGACCAGAAGCAGCCAGAAUUUUCAGAAACUCUGUCUGACUGGCUUUUUUUUUCUUAUUCUCAAACAUUACAACUUUUUUUUUUUUUUCUUCCUGAAUUCAAGUGCAAUUAUUAAUAUUAUUAUUAUAACUAUAGUUAAGUGAUGGAGGUGUGUUUGUAAUGUAGGUGAGUCGUCCCUGACCCAGAACUUUUCUAGUGUUGUGUUUUCUAUGCUAUUUAUAAGACAGACUAUACACACUCUGAGACUGGGUGUUUUCUGUGGAUCUGAGCUGCUGAAGGAAUACUGAGACUUGUGGAAUAUUUUCAGCAAGUGUAUAAAAAAACAAAACAACAAGAAAAAAAAACAUGUAAGAUAUAUUUACCACAAACAUUAAUCAGUGAUGGUGGAUUAGUCUUUAGCACUGUCGCCUUGCACCUUUAGGGUCCGGGUUUGAUGCCUGCCUUGGGUCUGUGUGCAUGGAGUUUGCAUGUUCUCCCUUUGCUUGGUGGGUUUCUUCCAACAGUCCAAAGACAUACAGUUUUCAGAAACUAACAGCUGCUCCCAGUGUGUGCGUGUGUGAAUGGUGACUGGAGGUCCUACCAUGGUUUUUGGUUUCUUCCCGAAGUCGAAAGACAUGCAAAUUUUAGAAGCUAAUUGGCGUUUCCAAAUUGCCUGUAGUGUGUGUGUGUGUGUGUGUGUGAAUGUUGACCAGAGGUCAUACCAGACAAGUAAAAAAAGGGAAUAAAUACCUCCGUCACGAUUGGUUGCCACAGCUGGAUGGAUGGAUGGAUUAAUCAGUGAUAUACGAUGUAAAGCAAAAAUAUUUGUGCAGUCUUAUCUGUUUGGCCGGAGACUGUGAAACUGCCAAAUGCCUAAUAUUUUUCAUUUUUUUUGUUGUUUUUUUUAAUUGCAAUAACUGAGGCGAGAGGCCAAUAAUCAACAGGCCAAUAAUCAAAAAAUACUUUUGAGACGGACUCAGGGUGUAGCAGUAGCACAGUAGAGAAGUAGCGAACACUCUACAGCUGUGCAGGUGGCAAAAAUGUAAUGUCCGGAAAGAAAAAACUGAGGCAUAUUAUAUAUAUAUAUAUA